AUGCCUUUGAAGGUAUUUUCUCAAGAUGCAGAUGUGAGUUUGGGAUGUAACAUCCCCAGAGAAGACGCAGAGCAGGAGGAAGAAGAGGAGGAAAUGGCAGCUUCUCAGGGGCUGCUGACAUUCCAGGAUGUGACCAUAGAUUUCACUCAAGAGGAGUGGGAAUGCCUGGACCUCGCUCAGCGGGAAUUGUACAGGGACGUGAUGUUAGAGAACUACGGGAAUCUGGCCUGCUUGGGUCUUGUGGUCUCUAAGCCGGACCUGGUCACGUUUCUGGAGCAAAUGAAGGAUCCCUGGGAUGUCAGGAGAAUGGAGACAGCCAUACACCCAGGAUGUCUCCUCACGGCCAACCGCAGUCCUCUGCCUGGGUCUGCUCUCCGAACCCCUCGUUCCAGCACCCAGCCCUUGUCUGCAGUGGAGGACACCCUCUCAGGCUGGUCUUCAAAAGUUAUUCAACAGCAGAAUAUUCAGACUAAGCGGAAACAUUGCAAGUGUAAUACAUGUGGAAAAGUCUUUAGUAACUCACCAAAUCUAAGUAGACAUAGGAAAAUUCAUACAGGAAGGAAAGAUUUCAAAUGUACAGCAUGUGGCCAAACCUUUAAUCAGAGUUCAUAUUUAACUGAACAUCUGGGAAUCCAUACUGGGGAGAAACCAUACGAAUGUACAGAAUGUGGCAAAGCCUUUAUCUGCUGUUCAUGUAUUACUCAACAUCAGCGAAUCCAUACUGGGGAGAGACCUUAUAAAUGUACAGCAUGUGGCAAGGCGUUUAAGCAGAUUUCAGCUUUAACUCACCAUCAGCGAACCCAUACUGGGGAGAGACCUUAUAAAUGUACAGCAUGUGGCAAGGCUUUUAAGCAAAGUUCAGCUUUAACUCCACAUCAGCGAAUCCAUACAGGGGAGAGACCAUAUAAAUGUACAGAGUGUGGCAAAGCCUUUAUCAAUUAUUCACUUCUUACUCGACAUCAGCGAAUUCAUACUGGGGAGACACCUUAUAAAUGUAUAGCAUGUGGCAAGGAUUUUAAGCAUAGUUCAACUUUAACUGAACAUCAGCGAAUCCAUACUGGGGAGAGACCUCAUAAAUGUAUAGCAUGUGGCAAAGCCUUUAUCCGUUAUUCUUCUCUCACUCGACAUCAACGAAUCCAUACUGGGGAGAGACCUUAUAAAUGUACAGCAUGUGGCAAGGCUUUUAAGCAGAGUUCAAAUUUAGCUCAACAUCAGCGAAUCCAUACCGGGGAAAGACCGUAUAAAUGUACAGAAUGUGGCAAAGCCUUUAUCUAUUUUUCACUUCUUACUCAGCAUCAACGAUUCCAUACUGGGGAGAAACCUUAUAAAUGUACAGACUGUGGCAAAGCCUUUUCCCAGAGUUCAGGUCUUUCUCGACAUCAGAGAGUUCAUACUGCAGAGAAAUGUUAG